AUGUCUAUUGCGCUCCGACAGGCAACCCAAGGCAAGAUUGAGAGAGAAAUAAAGUACGAAAAUGGGUGGUACUUUGGCCAGACCACCGCAGUUCUUCUUUUGGUGCUUGCCUUCGUGGAACUACCCUCCAAAGCUAAAGAGUCCAAAGACUUUGAGCAAGGGUCUGUCAAGCAGAGAUGUCUCGAUUUCGCUGCGAGCCAUCACUUCCAGAAGCUGAAGAGGGCCGCGAUGAUCUUGUGUCUGUAA